GAAAGUUGAAACCCCUUAUGGUUCUUGUUGAGCGUUCAGUGUCGGAAUUUGCCGCCAUGAACGUCGCCAAUCGUGUGAGGAAGUUCCAAGGGCUACUACACACAGAAGCAAUGAACGGAAUCCAAUGCCCAACUGGAGCGAUCGCGAAAAAGCCUAGUCUUGAACAACUUAAGACCCGUCCUCAGGAGAAGACGAAGUCAUUACUAACUUAUUCUACAGACACGGAGAUCGUGAAAUUGAACAUUUCCAUCACGAACCACAUGCGUAGCGGCCGGUGUGAGUGCGCUCUUCGAGUAUUCAAAGAGAUGCCUCGCCGGAGCACUGUCACGUGGAACGCGAUGAUAACAGGUUAUAUCUCAAACGGAAGAUUCAAUCUUGCGCGUGAGAUGUUCGAGAGAAUGCCGAAUAGAGAUUUGAUUUCGUGGAAUGUUAUGAUUAGUGGGUAUGUACGUUUCGGUAAUCUUAGUGCUGCAGGUAUGCUAUUCGACGAAAUGCCCAAAAGGGAUGUUGUUUCAUGGAACGCAAUGUUAUCCGGAUACGCCCACAAUGGAUAUGUUGAUGAGGCUAAGAAGGUUUUUGAUAUGAUGCCGAUUAGGAAUUCCAUCUCCUGGAAUGGUCUGCUUGCUGCGUAUGUACAAAAUGGACGGAUUGAUGAGGCCAAAGUUCUGUUUGAAUCAAAAUCAGACUGGGAAGUUGUCUCUUGGAAUUGUCUGAUGGGUGGUUACGUUAGGAACAAAAGAUUGCUUGAUGCAAGUAGACUUUUUGAUAAUAUGCCAGUUAGGGAUGGAGUUUCGUGGAAUACCAUGAUUACAGGCUAUGCUCAGAGUGGAGAAUUGUUGGAAGCUCAAAAACUGUUUGACGAAUCUCCCAUACGAGAUGUAUUCACAUGGACUGCAAUUCUCUCUGGUUAUGUUCAAAGUGGAAAUCUUGUGAAAGCUAGGAUGAUAUUUGAUGAUAUGCCCGACAAAAAUUCAGUUUCAUGGAAUUCUAUGAUAUCUGGUUACUGUCGUGGCAACAUGAUGGACAUGGCUCGUGAACUUUUCGAGAUAAUGCCUGAUCGCAAUAUUGCAUCGUGGAAUGCGAUGAUUACUGGUUAUGCGCAUAACGGUGAAAUUGUAGAAGCUAGAAAUCUUUUCGAUAGGAUGUCUGAACGCGAUUCCAUCACGUGGGGAGCAAUUAUUGCAGGUUAUGCCCAUGUUGGUUAUGGUGAAGAGGCUUUGCACUUAUUUGUUGAGAUGAAAAAGUAUGGGGAGAUGUUAAACCGUUCUAUACUCACUUGCGUUUUGAGUACGUGUGCUGAUAUUGCAAUGUUGGAGCUAGGAAGGCAGUUGCAUUCGCAGCUUGUUAAGACGGGUUAUGGGAGUGGUUACUUUGUGGGGAAUGCUCUUCUAGCUAUGUACUUUAAGUGUGGAAACCCAGAAGAAGCAUGUAAUGUUUUUGAAGAAAUUUUAGUGAAGGAUGUUGUUUCAUGGAAUACGAUGAUUAUAGGCUAUUCUAGGCAUGGAUUUGGGAAGGAGGCUUUGAAUGUUUUCAGAUCAAUGAAUGGAGCUGGCAUCCAACCAGAUGAUGUUACAUUGGUUGGUGUACUCUCAGCUUGCAGUCAUACUGGCUUAGUGGACCAAGGCAUGAAAUACUUUUAUUCAAUGUAUGAAAACCACAACAUAACAGCAAACUCAAAACACUAUACUUGCAUGAUCGAUCUUCUUUGUCGAGCUGGGCGUCUAGAUGAUGCAUUGAAUCUAAUCAAAGAAAUGCCUUUCGAACCAGAUGGUGCAAUAUGGGGCACUCUCCUUGGUGCAAGCAGGAUCCAUGGUAACACUGAAUUAGCAGAAAAAGCUGCAGAAUUAGUUUUCAAGAUGGAUCCCGAUAAUACUGGAAUGUAUGUACUUCUCUCCAAUUUAUAUGCAGCUUCAGGUAGAUGGAACGACGUAGGAAAUAUGAGAUUGAAAAUGAGGGAUAAAGGGAUAAAGAAAGUUCCAGGAUAUAGUUGGAUUGAAGUGCAAAGUAAAAUUCACACGUUUUCUGUUGGGGAUUCUGUACAUGUAGAUAGGGAUAGAAUAUAUGCUUAUUUGGAAGAGUUGGAGCUGAAAAUGAAACAGGAUGGUUACGUUAGUUCUACAAAAUUGGUUCUACAUGAUGUGGAUGAUGAGGAGAAGGCUCAUAUGCUUAAGUAUCAUAGUGAAAGGUUAGCGAUUGCUUUUGGAAUUUUGAAUAUUUCACCUGGGAGGCCAAUACGUGUGAUAAAGAAUCUACGCGUGUGUGAUGACUGUCAUACUGCGAUUAAGCAUAUUUCGAAGAUAGUUGGGAGGCUGAUUAUUUUAAGGGAUAAUCAUAGGUUUCAUCACUUCAGCAAUGGAGUAUGCUCAUGUGGAGAUUACUGGUGAAUAUGGGGAUAGUUGGCAACAGAAGGAAGAGUUUAAUGGGGGAGAAUGUACUUCAUUGACCUGAUCAAGGAUGUCUAUUUCCACGAUAUUUUUUCUUUUUAUGGAAAAGCAUGAGGACGAUGGAAAAUCAUUCACACGGCAAUCUUAACUGUUGGAACUUCACUUGUCUUCAAAGUUAUUUACCCUUCAUCAGUUAAAGUAUUCCUGGCCUUCAAAUUAUUCCAGAGAACUUACUAUGGCAAAAGCUUCCUGCAAAGUUUGAACUUUUAUGAGGUUGAAGGGACAAGAUUUUUAAUGCUAUACAGAACAGUUAUAAGAUGAAAUCAAGAAAUCAGCACAAGCAAAACUAAAGGUCAGCUCUCCAUCUUUAAGAAGUUCCAACUGAUUUAAGUUCUUUCUGCUUCAUCAAGGGCAAGCAAACAGAACAGACCUAGCCUCGUUUGGAAACAAUUUAUUUAGUAAAUUUAUUUUUGGAAAAACAUAUUCAAGACCAUUGUAAACAAAAUUGUUUAAGAGAGUAUUUCUUUGAUCUAUUAAACAAUUUGUAAAAUAUCAUUUGUGGCACAUGUUUGUGAAUAAAAAGUA